AUGCAGAGGUCCGUUUGCUUCGUCUUGUUGGCCGCGCUCGCGCUCUUGAUCACCUUCACUGCCGCCUCUCAGCUCAGCUUGGUCCCCACUGGCGCCACCGCUUCCACUGCACCGGGAGAAUGGUGCCCGACCUGCAUCGACUUUCUCUCUCAAGUGAUCGAUCAACUGCUGGAGAUCAUCGCCAACGGUGGUGUCAUCGGCAGCUGCAACCAGCUCUGCAGCCAGCUCGACGGCGAUGAGGGACUGGUGUGCCAGCUGUUGUGCGACUAUGUGGGCAUUGAGGCCUUGGUGGACCUCGUUGACGAGGUCGACCCGGAUCCUAUCUACAUCUGCGAGGAGCUCAGUGUGUGCCCCAUCAGCACCAACUCCAGCGCUAGCUUCUCCCAGUUCGAGACGAGCCCCGAGAAGGGCACGCAAGGCACCACCUUCGUCGUGGCGCUGACCUUCGUCGUCAACUCCACCAUCGGCACCGGCGAGCUGGUGGUCUCUGUGCUGCCGCCGGGCGCCCCUCCCGCCCUCUCCGUCGACGCGGUCGAGCUGUUGCUGAACGUCGGGCCUGGUCCCUACAGCUACAAGAUCAAGGUGACCACCGACCCCUCUGAACAGGAGCCCUGGCUGCCCGGCAAGUACGCCGUUACCGGCCUCGUGUGCGAGGGCUCCUGUGGCUCCACCCACCCCUACGCCAAGACUCUGGCCAAGGCCCAGUCUGCGUUCACCAUCACCGCCUAG